GGGGCAUGCGUAGAAGACGCCAACAUCCAAUAUGGCGGCUUCCACGGUACAGGAUGGAACGGCUGCUUGUUCCUCGAGUGUGGAUGUUUUACUACACCCCGAGCUGCUGUCUUUAGAGUUUAUGCAGCUUAUCUUACAUGAGGUCAGUUACUGUUUGAAGGGAAAUGUAAAACGACCCGUUACAUGUUAAAUUAGAAGAGGUUGAGCUCCGUUAUAUUAGCAUACCGGCUAACUAACGUAGCCGUCUGUUCGUGUAGUCUGUUUUUUACGGGGAGCCCUGACUUUAGUACAUGUUUGUUGUGUCAGACAGUUAGUGUGGGGUAACUUUAUUGUCUCUCUAACUUAGAAAAACGUCAAUACCAGGAGCUGUGAGAGUCGAGAUCGCCUGACAGAGCUGUACCUUCGACAUGUCAUCCCUCUGCCGCAGAGGUCUUUACCCGACAGCCGCUGGGGCAGGAGGGUGCAGAAGACCCGAGCGAGGCAGACCCCAGCCGCCGGUCCCAGGUCCGACAGGUAAAGGUGUUUUCAUUUUCUCAGGACUCCACUGUGUACGAUUCAAGGAUCUGUUGACAGAGCAAAAUUCAAAUAGGACAUGUGAACAAAUGUUUCCAUUGGUGUGAAAUCAUCAUAACAUAGACAAGUUUACCUUUGUAUGAGCUGCUCCUACAGACUGGUACCAUCCAUUCAGUCCGCCAGAUUAGCGCCGCCAUGUUUGAUUACGGUAGCCGAAGACGGACAAACCAAAACCUUCAUUUAAAUUAGAGUGUCAAACUCAAUCACAGAUUCAAGUGGAGCCUAAAUCGCGAAUCAAACACGAUUAACGCUUAUUGAAUUAUCUGAAACUGACCAUGUUUGAUCAGAAAUAUAAAUUUUGAGAACCAAACAACAUCUUUCUCCACAGUAAAUAAUGAACAUUGUUUUUUUUUUCACUUCAAAAUUAAAUUUCGACACUUCCAAGUUGGCAAUUCUCCUUGUGAACUCAAAGUGUGUUCAGUUGAUCAGCAGAAUGAGUGGCUGGAAACACAGCAGUGGGGACCUGAUUUGUGAUUUUUUUGGCAACAUUGAAAGUAAUUUUAAGGGAUAUUCUGCAUAAAAUUAAGUUAGGGUCAAACACACUGUAACACUGAGUUAGAAACCCCCUCGAGAGAUGAAUGUCGCCAACCACUUGCUUCUCUAGUUAUACCAACUUUAGUAAUGAUCACAGAUGGCAAUAGAGAGAGCCACGUGCUCAACCAAACAGUCACUCUAUUGCCACAAAUAAUGCCCAGAACAGCACUUAACUUCAUUAACAGUACAUAUAGGGUCCUAGCCAUAGCAUUAGCCACCAAACACCUUUUUAACUUUGCUUGAUUUCUUUAGCAAAGAGACUAAACACAACUUACCCAGUCUCCUCCAGCAGCCGCUUGUUUUUUAGCGAGACCUCAGGCGAGUCCAUUACAGACUGCAGCGGAGUUUCGCAGCUCAAGGAAGAACAUUUAGAACCAUUUCUUCACGGAAUUGCAAUCAGACCGAGAUGCUAAGGCAGAAGAACUACCACGUCUGCAGUGCAAAAUGAUAAAUAUGGUGAUUAUUACUUCAAGGAAAUGAUAAAGAAAUGAUCAUAAAUGUUCUUCCUUGAGCUUCGUCACCCCGCUGUAGUCUGUAAUGGACUGGCCUGAGGUCUCACUACAAACAAGCGGCUUCUGGAGGAGAGUGGGUGAGUUGUGUUUAGUCUCUUUGCUAAAGAAAUUAGGCAAAGUUAAAAAGAUGUUUGGUGGCUAGUGCUGUGGCUAGGACCCUAUAUGUACUGUUGAUGAAGUUAGGUGCUGUUCUGAGCAUUAUUUGUGGCUAUAGAGUGGCGUUUUGGUUGAGGUUUGUUUAUGGCUCCUCAGACCGCUGCGAAUUGUUAUCCUGCAGUCGUUACUAAAUUUGGUAUAACUAGAGAAGCAAGCGGUCGGCAACAUUCAUCUCUUGAUGGGGAAAUCUAACUCGGUGUUUGGUGUGUUUGACCCUCAACCCAUUUUACACCAGAAUAUCCCUUUAAGUUCCCUUUCUGUAUCUGCAUCUCCCACAGGUGCAGCAGAGCUUUUCCUGUGCACAUGACUGUGUUGUUUCUUUUUUCCAGUGACAAUCACAACAGAAAAAGACCUCUGAUUGUGUUCGAUGGCAGUUCGUCCAACUCCGGUCCACUGAAAGUAAAGAAACCAGAGGGAACCUCUUUGUCACCUGGCAUCACUGACAGGUUAAAGCCUCCCCCAACUGCAAACUUGUCUAACCCCAUCCGCAAGCUAUCUGGAAACACAUCAUCCUCUUCCUCCCUCUCUUCUUCCUCGUCUUCAUCCGUUAAUCACAGCACUGACACAGCCAACAUGAAGCGGGAAGCAAACAGCCCGGUAAGAACCUCAGUGUUCUGAGUAUCAUGGAUUGAAUACAGAAUUGUUUAAUGAUUCAGGAAAAAAAAUCUAAAGUAUUCUUACCAAAUAUUAAUAGUUUGACGGAUUUAGAAAGUGGCAAAAAUGAUACCAGGCUGAUACUGAUAUAAAACUGCCACAAUACACUGCUUUGAUAUGCAAAUUAUUAGACAAUACUCACAGUUUGACUUGGAAGGUGAAGAUUUUAGUUAAAAUAAAAAGAAAGGGAUUCGAGCAGUCAGAUGAUGAUCAACUGAAUCAUGUUUUCUUCUUCCGGCUGUUCAAAGAGUCGACUAUAGAGAUAAUAUGAUAUUUAGUUCAAAAAGGUUUUGGAACUUAUGUUUUCAAUUUGUGCCAAACAGAAAACUUGUGACAGUGAAAUAUUAUAAAAAUAGACAUCUAAAGAAUGGGUCACAUGUGCAUUCAAUUUAGUAUGUUUUGAUUAUUUAUAUGACCUCUUCCUGUAGCACCAGUUUAUUUGUCAUCUUCUGUUUUUUUCAGGGCUCAAUGAAGUCUCCAGAGUUGAAGAAAAAGAUUCAGCAUGUGACAUGGCCCUGACCUUUGGCCCUGUCAAACAGACCUAAUGAAAUCCCACACUCACAGCGAACGUCUUUGCCAACCCCCUCUUACUCUCGUCAUCAUUGUUAUCCUUCUACCUGCAUCAUGAAAAGGGGACACAGAAACUUGUGACCUACGUGUAAUGGCCAAUCACAGCUCUGGGUCAUUGCUGUCAGCAGACGGGAUGGUGCGGUCAUGCUGCUUGCAAAGUGAAGUUCUUCCUCAUUACUUACCACUACCUUAAGUGCCCUUACCAUUAACAAUCGCCCACUUUCCUUCAAAUCUCCCACACACAGAUCUUAAAGAGGACAAUACACAAUUUAAAUCUAAAUAAAAAAUGAUUGGAUUGGAUUUAGGUUGUUGAUAAUCUGUUUCUGUGGAUGAAUUGAUUUUUGAAAGAAAGGUGGAAUGGUAAGUCACUGUAAUUGGUAGCUGAAGGGACAGUCGACUCUCAUAGUCAUCACCAAGUAUUGCUCAGUAAAGUGAUAGACAUGUGAGAAGCUUUACAAAUACGUUAUCAGGCAAUGGUGAAAAAACAGUAUUUCUCUGGUGUAUCUUUUUUAGAAAUACAAACCCCAGAUGAUACUGAAAAGGUAGUUUGUCACUCCUGCUCUCACUGAACUUCAUUCCAUCAAGGUUUGUUUUAAAAAACCUUUGUGCUGCUUUUGAAAAUGUUCAGGGUUUUAAUACAGAAAUGUAAAAGGGUAUGUGACGUUGACCAUUACACAGAGACUAAGUGCUCACUGCUGAAAUGCACUACUGUCAUAAAAGAAAAAUCGACAUCCGCAUAAUAGAAAACCAUGUUGUAAUAAUUCAAAGAAGUCAACCAUUUCAAUUGAAAGAAUAUGUUCGUAAAAAUGUGUGUCUUUUUGAAUUGCCUCUAUUGUAAAUUGACUUUGGAGCCAUUGUCUAUCUUAAAGGAAAACACAGGAACAAGACUCAGGCUGUGUCUCAAACUACACACUAACAUACGGCCUUCUACAUACUGUAAACAGCAUACUAACUUGACAGUCAGUAUGCUGUUUACAACAAACGCACACUCCUUACAUCUGUCAGCUGCCUAUAGCUAACUACUGUUGUACGGUUUGAAGAGCUGCAAUGCAUUUUGGGGUAUUUUACGUCAUGAGAGCCCCUGUUUCAUAUUCAAAAAAUGGGGCCAAUGAAUUUUAACAUCUGGGCAUUUCUCUCAAACAAAAUCCUGCAUUCUGGAUUUGUUAUGUAAUUUGAACUACACACACACACUGUGAUGCCAUACUCAUUAUGACUAGUAUGAUAGUAUGUGGUUUUGUACACAGCCUCACACAGCAUUUUGAAUUGUCUAUUUUAUUGCCGUGUUUGUAACCAUUGUUUUGAAAUAAAUUGUUUCAUUAUAUUUCACCACUUUUUUAGACCCAAAAAA